UGCAAGUAUGAUGCAUUGCCAGGUUUUGGCCAUGCAUGUUGACAAACCCUCAUAUACAAAGUCGGUGUGGCUGCUACACUUGUGACAGUACUUGGGACCCCAGCAGAAGAGGAUGGAGGAGGGAAGGUCGACCUCAUUCUGACUGGGCCGUUUGAAGACAUGGGUGUUGUCUUCAUGGCUCACUCCACUCAACAGGAUGUUGUCUUCAUGGCUCACUCCACUCAACACAGUGUGACAGUGAAGUACCAUGGGAAGGCGUCUCAUGCUGCAGCCUACCCCUGGGACAGGUUUAAUGCCCUGGAUGCAGCCGUGCUGGCGUACGACAGCCUGUCUGUUUUGAGGCAGCAGAUAAAGCCAGACUGGAGAUUCCAUGGCAUCAUCGGACAUGAUGGAGUGAAGCCCAACAUCAUCAGGGGUUCCACUGACUUUGGAAAUGUGCCAUUUGUUGUCCCUGGGAUCCACCCUUUCUUUUACAUGGCUCUGAUGCACUGA